AUGGUGAUCACAUUCCCCUUUGAAACAUGUAGCACCGGAAGUGAGGAUGAAAACUAUCUUCCGCCUGAGGAGAAAAUUGCAUUUCGAAACCGUCGCCAAGCGAAAGAGGCUCUUAAAUCAAGUCACGAAUAUAUGGAGCGCUUCUGGAAAAUAUGGAGUCAACAAUAUCUUAGCAGUCUUCGAGAAACUCACAAACUCGAGAUAAGCAGCAAACGAGGAUCACGAACGAGCCCGACUUUAAAUAAAGUGGUGCUCAUCUCAGAUCCAGUAAUGCCUCGUAAUUCCUGGAAAAUUGGAAUAAUUCGUAAACUGAAGCAAUCUCUAACGGGAGUAGUACGUGAAGCAGAGAUUCAACUACCGAACGGACACCUCGUUCGCCGACCUGUCAAUCUUCUCGUGCCGAUUGAAUUGGACGACAACGAAGAAGCUGCCAACUGCGAAAGUGCUAAAAACGAAGAGGAAACAAGUGCUCACCCCACGGACGAAGCCCCCGAAUUUACGAAAGAGACGCGCUACAAUUUACGUCCACGGAAAAACUUCGACUACAGUAAUCUCGCGAACCGCGAACAUGCGAUUAGUAAAGACGCUUCCUACAACACCAUUGCUGCUGGCACUACUAGCGCUUUUCAAUGCAUCAAUCGAAGCAGUUUCGACUCCAUUGCCUUCCGUUCGAGCAUUCGCACGCCGCUCUUCAAAAGGAGUUGA